AUGGUGACGCAGGUGCUGCACAACAAGUGGCCUAUCGACUUCAACGCGCCCCUGGCGCACAUUGAGCCCACGCUCCGCGCAGUGCGCAACGUGAUUGAGUUUGCUGAGGGUGAGACGAGGCCAGAAGUGGUGUUUGUGUCGUUGAGGUACGGAGAGGCCAGACAUGUGGCCUCGGCGGUAUUAGGCCAGGCGGCCGAGAGAUGUGGGCUGCGUGUGUCUCUGAUGAGAGUCGAGCAGUUGGGUGGUUCAGGGCGGAACCGACGUGGGCCACGUUAUGGCUUCACAGAAUGGUUUUCGUCCAUGAUCACCACGUCCAGAGCGUUGGGAAAACUACUUCAUUCGCUAGGUGCCGACAUGAUUAACUGGCUGUCGGUCGAAGGGGCAGCCCAGGCCAUUUUGGAACUUUCAGCGUCCGUCGCUGUCGGGUAUCAAUCUUCCGAAAACGUGGCCUGUUUCAACAUCGUCAACCCAAAAGUCUCAUCAUGGACCACUGACUUGGCCCCGGCGGUGCAAGAUUACUACCCUGACAGCGACAAACCUGCGCUAAUCCGCUUGACUCCAUGGUUCGACGAACUGGAAUCUCUUGAGCGAACUUAUGGCAUCGCGGCCGUAAAUUAA